AUGGAGCAAAUACUGAGGAAGUCCACACUGGCAAGAUCGACCGAGUGUGGACACGUCGUUAAGAAACAGCGGGUUGCACGUCGCACUGAAUUACCAGUGUUCGCCUACGUCAAGGCAAGGAUGGGGGCCGAUGAUAAAAGGGAUAGAAUCAAAAUUCUUCAAGUGUCAAAUAUAUCUGUCACAGCAACAAAGGACCAAAUCUUCACAAUGUUUCAGUAUAUAGGAAGAAUUGAGGAGAUGAAGGUGUAUCCUUCGGAUAUGAACAUCACUUCUUCCACAACUUCCAAGUGCGCUUUCAUAAAGUAUGAUGACGAUCGAGCUGUUGAAGUAGGACAACACCUUACGAAUACCGUACUCAUUGAUCGUGCUAUAGUUUGUGCACCUUUUCUUCAAAGUACGAUUCCCGACGAAGCUACGUUUAUUAACUCCGGAGGUCCUGUCACAGCAGGGCAACGUCAGCUGCCCCCGCAUGUCACUAACAAGGUACAGGAGCUGGAGGAUGGUUCAUCUGUGUUGCUUACAGUGGAUCCACAAAUGGAAGCUCUUGGUCUUCCCGCGUAUCCUCCACUGCCUGGUAACACUGACUUAGCGAAGGUAGAGGAAAUAAGAAGGACUAUCUAUGUUGGAAACCUACCUAAAGGAGUGGACGGACAAGCCGUUCUGGAUUUCUUCAAUAAUUUUGUAGGGGAGGUCAUGUAUCUCCGAAUGGCUACGGGUCCCGACACUCUCCCUUGUGCAUAUGCCUAUAUUGAAUUCACCAAUCAAACUUCAGUACCGAUCGCUCUUCAGAACAAUGGUAUUGACUAUCAGGGAAGGCCGUUGCGUAUUCAACACUCACGUGUGGCAAUCAUCAAACCGCAAGCAAAGUCUGCCGACCAAGCGUUGGAGGAAGUAGAGGAAGCCAUUCGAAUGGGAAAGAACCGCCGUUCACGUUCUCGUUCACCUCUACGCCGCCGUCGUACACCAUCCCCACGUCGUCGAAGUAAGUCGCCACGUCGCAAGAGGAGCCAGUCACGGUCUCGAGACCGAAAAAGGAGCCGAUCGAGAUCGAGAGAUCGAAAAAGAAGCCGUUCACGCGACAAAAAGCGCAGCCGAAGUCGGGACAGAAGGAGAAGUCGAAGCCGUGAUCGUCGUAGUAGACGUUCUCGGUCCCGAGAUAAGAAGCGCGAACGAAGUAGAUCGCGCGACAGAAAGAAAGAGAAGGAAAAGGAAAAGGACAAGAAGGAGAAGAAAAGAAGUAGAAGUCGUGAUCGAAAGAAAGAUAAGGAUGCAAAGCGCGACCGCAGCUCGGAUCGGAAAAAAGAGAAGGAGAAAGACAAAAAGGAAAAAGAGAAGUCCAAGGAGGCAAAGGUUGAGGAUCUCGAUGAAGAAACGUUGCGAGAGCGCUUACUUGAAAAAGCAGCUGUUCGAAGUGGAAAAGAGGGGUCUGAAAGUGACCACGAAAGCGAAGCUGAUAAGGGUGACAAGACACCAAGCAAGAUAAAAAAUGAAAGGAAGAGAAGACGCAGUGAUAGUGAUUAA